AGGUUUGCUUGCUGGAUGGGGUAUCUCUGGACAAACAAUAUACCAAGUAACCCCGAGCCCCCAGAUAUCAUAUUACGGAGAAAUGAAAAACCAAGGUUCUGCCUUGCAAAAGCUAAACCUGCGUACUUCAUCACUGUAGCGCUUUCCGCCCCAUCACGUAUAUGUGCUUCUCCAGAAAAUGGGCGAUCCAGGAGUCACCGUAGCCAUAGUCUUAGCGGGCGUUUUCGGCGCCUCUCUUCUCUGGAUCGUCGUUUCCUCGACCCGUCGAUUCCUAAAGCGCCAAUGUACCGAACUGAACACCUUUCUUGACUUUCUACACUUUCACGUGUUCAAGCAGCGUUGCGAACGUUGCGAGCGCUGCGAGCGCGAAGAUUAUGGUGGGGAAAAAGAGUUGGGACCGCUUAGAUCGCUGCAAAAAGAUGAAAAGGACGUCUCACCGAAGGCUACAAAGGAGCAAUGGGAGGUUGAGCGAAAGGAGCGAGAGGAGCGGACCCAGUCGAGCUCUGGACGGCGCGAUAGAAGGAAUAGGGGGAGUUUCAGAGGCCGCUCGCCACCUAGUCCCAUGUCAACAUCGUCCGAUACGUUUCCAGGCUCACCUCUCAAUGACCGACGUGACCUCCCUCUGUUGGAGGAGCGCGAACCGUAUGAGCCGGAUAUUCAUCGCAGACCGCCUCCCAUGCCUCAGCAGAUGCACACACCCAGGGCGAACCCAGAACACGCCUACGCUCCUACAAUGCCUCAAUUUCACAACCAAACGAUGUAUCGUAUGCAGGGAAACAUGGUGUCUCCGAUGUACGGCCAGCCAAUUCAACAGCCAUAUGCCGAUCCAAUGCCUCCAAUACAACAUCCCCAACGCCCAUCCCCAGCAGCCAUGCACCCGGGCCCACCGAUGACUCGAUUCCCAGGAUACAUACCGGAAGGUGAAGAAGAGUUCCAACAAACUACACCGUUCGAGGCUGAGGCACCGACAGAACCUUCUUCAAGACCGGCGCAGGAACCGCAGCCCAGAUCACCCCGCAGGGUUGACUUGAUAUACAUCGCUGAGGAAUACCCACCUAUGAUACUCGAAGCCAUAGAGCAGCAAACCGCGGCACAGAAUGCCGAGACGGCGCCAUCAGAAGAUGACGACGAUGAAGAAAUACAGCAAAUACCGCGCGCGUACAUACCCAGGGCAGCUCCACGAGCCGCACUUGUUUUGCCUCAGAACUUCCACUACCAGCCAUACGAGAUGGUAGCUCCACCAAGGACGAUGCGGAGUCAAGGGAGUAGGCAGUAUGGAAAUAGGUACGCACCCAAACAUUGAGGGACUGAGCGGAAAGCGACGCAAGUGGAGAAGUAAUGCGGAUAGGAUGGGAAGGCGUCCAGCACCGACUAAUGCUCCUUCUUG